AGAAGGUGAAGAUGGCGGCGGCCAGGGCGGGGGUCCUGGGAGUGCGAUGGCUGCAAAGGGCAGCCCGGAACGUGGUGCCGCUGGGUGCACGGACAGCCUCACACAUUACCAAGGACAUGCUCCCCGGGGCUUACCCCAAGACUCCAGAAGAACGGGCGGCCGCCGCUAAGAAGUAUAACAUGCGUGUGGAGGAUUACGAACCGUACCCGGAUGAUGGCUCGGGGUAUGGCGACUACCCGAAACUUCCAGACCGCUCACAGCAUGAGAGAGAUCCUUGGUAUACCUGGGACCAACCGGACCUGAGGUUGAACUGGGGUGAACCGCUCCACUGGGACCUAGACAUGUAUAUACGGAACCGUGUGGACACAUCCCCCACGCCUGUUUCUUGGAAUACCAUGUGUAAGCAUCUCUUCGGUUUUGUGGCCUUCAUGCUGUUCAUGUUCUGGGUUGGAGAGAAGUACCCCACCUACCAGCCAGUGGGGCCAAAGCAGUAUCCUUACAAUGAUCUGUACCUGGAACGAGGCGGCGAUCCCACCAAAGAGCCUGAGCCAGUGGUUCACUAUGAGAUCUGAGGCAGCUUCCUGGGCUUUUGUGCCCCCUAACUAGGACGCUCAGUCUUUGAGAUUAACCUUAAUGAAAUCGCUAAUAAAACUGAGUACUGCUGUUC